AUGCACGCACAAACAGAGCUUCCUCCGGAGUGUGUGUCCGGGGGCCACUCCAUCCUCCAGGACCCCUACCGCAGCACCACCUUCAGCUCCAGCUGGGUGCAGCAGUCGGCCCUGCAGGAGUUCAUCUGCGACCACUCCCUCUCUCCGGGCUGGUACCAGUUUCAGAUCUUUGAUAAGCCAGCCAGCAUGCCCACCGAGUGUGUGGAGGUGAACCACUGUGGGACUCAGGCUCCUGUGUGGCUGUCCCUGGCUGAAGGUGAGGCCCUGCCGGGGCCCCUGGAGGUGAGGCAGCUGAUGGCCUGCGCUGCCUGGCAGCUUUUCCCAGGCACCGGCAAAGACUGCUGCAUGUUCCGCAUCCCGGUCACCGUGCGCAACUGUGGAGACUUCUAUGUUUACCUGCUACAGCCAACGCAGGGAUGCAUGGCAUACUGCGCUCAGGAGAUGUCGGACACUUCACCCGCAGCGUCGCCGAGCUGUGGCCCUGACGAGGUUCACGUUGAUGGAACAUGUAAAACAAAGCAGCCUCCCACUCCAUCAGCACCAGUGGUUGUCUCAGAGGUGACAGGAAAGUCGGUGUUCCUGAAGUGCAGCUUUGGCAGCAGCUCCAACAGCUCCCUGGGAUACGUGGUGGCCUGGUCCCGCCUCUCACCUGAGGGCAGGAAGGAGGAGCUCAAACAGGAGACCACCCUCCAGACCUUCGCCUUUAUCGAGCUGGACGGCUUCAACCUCCGUCUGGGGGACAAGAUCUACUGCUCGAGCUCCAGUUUCUUCUUGGACUCGCCUAACAUCCGUGGUGCUUCAGUGGAAAGUCUGGAGUUCUUUGCCGGGAUUAGGCUGAGACCAGAGGUGAGCAGUGUGUCUGAGGACGGGAGGCUGUAUGAGCUGCUGGUGGAGAGCACAGUUCCUGUCCCGUGUCUGGAGGAGUCGUCCUCCUCUGCAGAGCCGUGCACUCUGUCUUUACAGCUCAGCACCAGCAGCAAAGAUGACGGUUUGUUGGGUGCAGAUCUGUCUCUCUCAUCCUGUAUGGUGCAUCUGUCCCGGGGCCCCUGUACAGACGGGGUUUGCAGCCGAGCACUGAUCCACUUCAGCCCCGUCACUGACUUUCAUAAAGACAGCAACAGGACGACUCAGAUCUCUGUUGAAUCUAUCGUCACACAGAAUUCUCUGUGGAAUGGAUACUCACCUGAACCAGUUGAGAUAACUGUGAAGGAUGUCCCUUCAGCGUUCUGCUACUCCUUCACUGAUCCUCACAUUAUCACAUUUGAUGGCAGGCCCUAUGAGAACUACCAAGUCGGCACUUUUGUCCUCUAUAAGAGCACUUUGAGGCCCUUUGAGGUCCAUGUUCGUCAGUGGGAGUGUGGCAGUGUGGUGCACGCCACCUCGUGUGUGUGUGGAUUCGUGGUGCGGGACGGCGGCGAUGUCAUCGCUUUUGACAUGUGCAACGGAGAAAUGGGUGAAACCAAACCUCACCUGUCGGUGAAGAACAGAGACCUGACCAAGAGCGGCAUUCGCAUUACAGAGUCCUACCAGGGCCGCAAAGUCACGAUCACCUUCUCGUCAGGAGCGUUUGUUCGUGCAGACGUCUCAGACUGGGGGAUGAGUCUCACGCUGAGAGCUCCCAGUUCAGACCGGGGCCACACUGAGGGUCUGUGUGGGACCUACAACGGCCAGCCAGCCGACGACCUCCACUCAGCAGGAGGCGCCAUACUGGAGCAUCUGCCUGCUUUUAUCUCAGAAUGGAGGCUUCCCCCUGGCAGUAGCCUGUUUGACACCGUGCCAUCCCAUCUGAGCACACCGAGCCCCCGCAAGUACUGUAACUGCCAGUCGGGGCCCCGCCUCACAUCUUCCAGAGCCCGAUCUCGAUCAGUCACCUCCACCGACUCCCUCUGCUCUCAUCACGGCAACGUGAACCUUCAAAGUGUCAUCCCCACUCUGGACGUCACAGCCGAGUACAUCAGCUCGGUGGAACUACUCAAAGGCGGAGGAAGCGACAGACAGCCGCUGCCUCCAGGUCAAUCCAGUCAAACCCCCCAGGACAGAGGCAGUAACUCUCAGCCACGUGAGAGAAGUUUCUCCCUGCGAGCCUCCAGAGAUGGAGCUUCGAUCCAGCGUUACAUUUCUAACUCUUCUCACCAAAGUCUCAGCCAGUCUGAUCUGGAGGGCUUCUCCUACUUUUUCCCAGAGGACCACGAAGCAGCAGCUCAAACAGACUCUCCUCUAACGUGGCCCUCACCUUCUGGCCUGACGGAGCAGCAGGCCAGGACUCAGUGUCAGCAGGUGGUGGCCGGCUCCAGCAUAGCGUUGGGAUGCGGCCGCCUGUUAGAAGAGGCAAUAAUAAGCCGCGUGGAGGCCAUGUGUGUUACUGACCUACAGCUGAAAGAUGACCAGUCAUGGCUGAAUGCUACUUUACCACUGUUGGAAAAUGAGUGUGAGAGAAGGCUGAUAGAGGAGAGGAGGAGAGAAGAAGGGUUCCAGGAUGUUCUGGCUGUCCUCAAAUGUCCCAAUCUGUGCAACGGGAACGGCCAGUGCUCAGAGUGGGGUUGUGUCUGCUUCCCAGGAUUUGGAUCAUAUGACUGCAGUGUGCUGUCUGACCAGAUCCCAGAGAUCACUGAGCUGGAGAAGGAGGGUCUCUGUGACGUGCGACAGGGAGACUGCUCCACCAUCCAGGUCUACGGUCAAGGCUUCAAGGACUCCUACGAGCUCAAGUGUGAGUUUGUUAAAGAAAAGUUUGAAGAUUGGGAGUGGGUUCUGGACGAGCCCCAGUUAGUCCCAGCCGUUUUUCUGGAUACGACAGCUCUGGAGUGCAAGCUCCCCCUAGAGGACAGCCGGGGUCCUGCAGGCCUGGACCUGGAAACCGCAUCACACAGACCCCUGGCCCGCUUGCAGAUCAAAGUUUCCAAUGAUGGCUACAGCUACAGUAACGCCAAGAUUCUGACUCUGUAUGAUGGAGCCUGCCAGAUCUGCAGCCUCGACACUGAAGUCCUCUGCACCCUGAGGGAGAAAAGGUGCAACAUUGAAGGCCUGUGUUACAGUGAGGGAGACUCCAAUCCCAGCAGCCCUUGCCUCACAUGUCGCCCGGACUCGUCCAAACACACAUGGUCCAUAGCAGAGAAGAACGAGCCUCCAGUGCUCCAGUCGUUGCCGUUUCAUCUCCGAUCCUUCCUGGGGGGGGAUUUCAUCUAUCAGCUACAAGCUCGGGACCCUGAGGGCUCAGCGGUGCGCUUCACCCUGGAAUCGGGCCCUGAAGGGUCAUCUCUGUCUCCUGAUGGGCUGGUGAGGUGGAGGACUGAAACUACAGACACACACACUCUCCAGUUUACAGUGACGGACGACUGCGACACUGAGACCAGAGCCUCCAUACAGGUGUUUGUGCACUCCUGUGAAUGUCUAAAUGGAGCUUCCUGUGUGACCAACACCAACCUUCCUGCAGGCAGCGGGGAAUACCUGUGUGUGUGUCUUGAUGGAUUUAAAGGUGAAAGGUGUGAGGUGGACGUUGACGACUGUAAACCCAACCCUUGUCGACUUGGCCGCUGCAUUGACGGCUCCAACUCCUUUUCCUGCAUCUGCCCUGCUGGAAUGACAGGCCAUACAUGUAGAGAAGAUACAGAUGAGUGCGUCUCACAGCCUUGUUUCCCUGGAGUGGGCUGUAACAACACGCUGGGCUCCUUCUUCUGUGGAGUGUGUCCACAAGGAUACAGUGGUGACGGGAACAUCUGCACACGAAACCAAGACUCUCCUCUCAAAGCAUUGAUGACACCAGCCAGAGUACUGAAGGUUUCAUCGAGGCCCAAAUCCUCGAGCCCGUCGCCCUGCUCCAGAAGGCCAUGUCACCCCGGGGUUCAGUGUUUCCAGAGAACCCACGUCUCAGCGGGCUUUAUCUGUGGACCGUGUCCUGCAGGUCUCCAUGGAAAUGGACGCACGUGCAAAGCUACAGGGCAGGGGACAAUCACCAGGGGAGGAGAUGUUCAUUUUCAAAUCGUCAAAUCAAAUUCCAGCAAGGAAACAACUCCCACCUCCUCCUCUUCAUCGUCCCCCGCCUCGCCCAGAAGACCCCCUGACAACCGGAGACCAGAGGCCACCAUGUCUAGUGUCAGGAGAGGUUAUGUUGAUGACAGAAAGACCAACCUCACCACUGUGCUGAAAGUGGAGUCUCCAUCUCUCCAUGUGACCUGUGCUGACUCUCCCUGCUCCCCCGGUGUUCCCUGUGAGCCCACUCUCACCGGAUCCUUCAAGUGCGGCCGCUGCCCGUACGGCUACACCGGAGAUGGAAUCAUAUGUAAAGCUGUUUGCAGGUACCAGUGUGGGAGGAACAUGGCGUGCACUCUGCCCAACACCUGCACCUGCAUGGAAGGCUACACUGGAUACAACUGCCAUAUUGCCGUGUGUCGACCUGACUGCAAAAACCAGGGGAGGUGUGUGAAUCCUAAUGUGUGUGAAUGUCCUGCGGGCUACAGCGGGCCCACCUGUGAGGAAGCAAGCUGUGAGCCACCUUGUCAACAUGGAGGCACAUGUCUGGCCAGAAACCUGUGUACCUGCCCCUAUGGAUAUGUGGGACCCAGAUGUGAAAUCAGGAUGAACGUUCGGAGCCGACAGGGACUGGUGCAGGAGUCUCUGUUUGAGAGAGCUGGUGUGGAUACUUAG